AGAGCAGCCCAGAGAGCCGGCGGUCUGCGGAGACGAGACAACCUACAAGAAAAACGCCGACGUACGAUUUGGCGAAGGUUAAAACCUCCUGGGUGUCGAUCUGAGGACAAAAGCCGCGGUGACCCCCGGUGGAGAAGAAUAUACAAGAGCUGUGAGGAUAAAAAAAGAAGAAGUAGGCAGGGUGGGACGGAAUAAUCCAGGAAGUGUGGAGGACGGUCAGGUGGGAGGCGACGAGUCUAAACAGGUGUAUGACCUCUGCUGAUCUCCGGGCAGAGGACCAAAGAGGAGGGGGACAAGCGAGAGGCAGAAUAAAGCAGGUCCCCAUUUUCUCCUGGGUUUAUGGACCGGAGGUGGCAAUGUCUCCAGGAGAGGACGGUCUGAUUGGGAUCCCCUUCCCGGAGCACAGCAACGAGCUCUUGUCCCACCUAAAUGACCAGAGGAGGACAGGACUACUCUGUGACCUGACUCUGACAUCCCGCGGGGCUCGCUACCCAACUCAUCGCUCUGUCAUGGCCGCCGUCAGUCUCUACUUCCGCCGGCUGUUCGGAGCAGAGGAGGGGGGCGGCGAGGGCGGAGGAGGUUUUAGCGUAUGCCAGCUGGACUGUGUGGCACCCGACGCUCUGGACGCUCUGCUGGAGUUUGCCUACACUGCCACCCUGACCAUCCCUAGCUCUGGGAUGAGAGAUGUGCUGCGAGGGGCUCAGCUUCUGGGCAUCCAGUGUGUUGCUGACGCGUGCAGAGACAUCCUGGGGGAGACGGCUCAGGCGGAGGGGGAGACGGCAGAGGAACAGAGAGCCCAUCACACAGCCACUGAGAGGAUGGUGAGAGGAGAGAGCAGGGUGGAGAGAGGGUCCCGAAGAAAAACUGACAAAAAGAAGGUGAAAAAAGUAGGGUCACAUCACAUCAACUCCUCGGUUUUGAACCCACCGCCUGCUUCUCCCGUCACGCACCCUUCGCCUGUGUCCGACAGCCUUCGCUCCCUGCCGUCUACCCAGCCUCCGAGCCCUGAACAGGAGGAGCUUCGCUUCAAAUCCAGGCAGAACGGAGAUCCCAGUGCGAUCAAAAAGCCAGGUAGAGGGGCCACACUAAAUGGUGGGCUUCUUCACUGGCUGCAUGAGCGCCCCCAUAUAGCCCAUCCUCCGCCUGUCCCACCCUUGAAUGACAAGCUGUCAGAGGAUGAGGACAUGGAGAUUUUUGGCGACGAUGGUAUGCUGAUGGAAAGCACCUCCUUACCUACCUCGGUAGCUGUUCGAAGAGCGGCGGCAUCAGCAGCAGGAGGUGGGAGGAAGAGAAAGUCUCAGACGCCCCAGCAGUGCCCUGUUUGUCAGAAGAUCAUCCAUGGAGCAGGAAAACUGCCCCGACACAUGAGGACACACACUGGAGAGAAGCCCUUCCAGUGCUCUGCUUGCGGAGUCCGUUUCACCCGGAAUGAUAAGUUGAAGAUCCACAUGAGGAAACACACUGGUGAGCGUCCUUACCCUUGCCCGCACUGUCCUGCCCGGUUUCUCCACUCAUACGACCUCAAAAACCACCUGUCCCUCCACAGUGGGGCGAGGCCCUUUGAGUGCCCGCUCUGCCACAAGGCCUUUGCCCGAGAGGACCAUCUCCAGCGUCACCGCAAGGGACACAGCUGCCUGGAGCUGCGCACACGCCGGCCCAGACGUGGGGCUGAGUUUGGGGAAGAUGGGAGUGAGGACGGAGGCGGGAGAGAGCAGUCCAACCCUCUGGAGGCUCCAUCUUUACAGGCCCACUCCUCGGCGUUGUUCCCUCGGGCAAUGCUUGGUGAUGGGAGUGGGUCCAGCAUCGGCCCCCCGCUAAUGUUUCAAGGUGACGUUGAGAGGGAGCGGUCUCUUGCCUUUCAAGCUUUGGCUCAACUUGUGCCUCACAGGCUGGCGGGCUACCCUGAGCUUUUCUUGCGAGGUCAGGAGCUGCGAGGGGGCAGAGAGGCAGAGGGAGAAGAUCCAGGAGGAACCCACUCGCCGGAUGCGCAGCGCGACCGAUGGGCUGACGAAGUUGAAGAGGAACUUGGAGAAGAAGAAGCAGAGGAGGAGGAAUAGUGUAAAGAGUGUGUGUGUGUGUGUGUGUGUGUGUGUGUGUGUGUGUGUGUGUGUGUGUGUGUGUGUGUGUGUGUGUGUGUGUGUGUGUGUGUGUGUGUGUGUGUGUGUGUGUGUGUGUGUGUGUGUGUGUGUGUGUGUGUGUGUGUGUGUGUGUGUGUGUGUGUGUGUGUGUAAACCUGUGUGUGUCUGUGUGGUAAAGCAUCCACAGUAAAAAAAAAAAAUCUCACUCAGGUGGCUGGACUAAUAACCUGCUGCUCCAAUAUAGAGAGCGCUUAAAAAAAAAUUUAAAAAACAGACAAAUAAAUGUUAUUAAAAGAAAAAACGGAAAACGGGUUUUCUUAGAUAUUUUAAAUGUUUGUCUUCUGGCUCUUGGCAUUUUGAUUUAAUUUGUCUUUUUAGAUUUUAUUUCUCGUUUGCUAUUUUAAUUUCAUGUAUUUCAGGUUUGAGCUGUUUGAUUUGAUUUUCUAGCUGGACAUGCGUGUGUUGCGUGUGUGGUAACUGGGAUGCUAUUUACUAUGCAAAUUAAAAUCCAGAGCUGCGACAUGAAGGGAUCUUUAAAGAUGUUUAUUUUAGUUACAACACAAAUGUAUUGAUUCAGGUGCAAUUUAAAAGUCACAGCUCCUAGAUCACAAGAAUGAGUUUGUUCGCCGGCUGUCCUCUGGUGGUUAUCAGUAGAAAGGCAGUGUAAUUAAUCCAACUCCUUCUGUACAUUGUACGCAAUAAUGUUUGUUGUGUCUUUUCUUGUUAGUGGUAAUCUUUGCUUGGACUUGGUGCAUAAACCAAAGAUUUUUAGUUCAGCUAUUUUCUCAAGUCUUAAGUUAACAGGAGAGGAGAGAGGUGAAUUGUAGCCAAUGUUGGAUUUGAAGAGAAGACUCUUCCCAACUGUUUUGAUAGCCAUGAGAAAGAAUCUGCUUCCAUUUUUGAGUGUUUCAGAGCCCUAGAGCUCUGUGUUAAAUGCUUGACCAAAAUAGACAAAGUCUGGGUCAAUGAGUUGAUGUUGAUUAUGUUAAACACAUAUCUUCCUUUCCCAAAGGUUGUGGAUUAUCAAUGCACUCAUUUGGGUUCCUUGUUUGAAAAGAAAUAUGAAAAAGGGGCAAAAAAGUGAGGGGGUGAAAGAGUUGGCGUUCCCCCUUUUCUGUACGUAUUUAUUUAUUGUUAUUUAUUACGGUUACGGUUUUUUUAUAAGACCAAAUCCAAGGGUAGGACACAGAUCACAAGUCUUACAAAAAGCUGCAUUGCGCUAAAGAUUUUGACUCAACAUCUCCAUAUAAGUUAACGCCUUUUUCAUGGGCUGCUUGACUUCUUUUGAUGAUUCUUCCUCAAAUGCAUUCUUUGCACAUUUAACCCUGUCAGGUACUGCAAUAAUACAGGCACAUUCCAUCCUCCGGGGUAGAGAGAAGGGAACAGCGCAAAGAAGAAGUCAGGAUGGUUGAAACCUUCGAUAAAACUGGAAUACAAAAUGACUUGUUGUUGGACAUGUUCAUUAUGCUUUUCUGUUGUUAAUUUAACAUUUAUCGUAAUGUAACACAUGUUAACAUGGCAGUUCUUAUAGAUCGGCUACCGAUGUUCUAAAGAGGCCAUUAUCAUUUGAGUUAAUCUAUCUUCGACCAAAAACCUUUUUAGUUGCAUCAUGCUUUCCCUGGACCAGUACAUUAAGGCCUUUUGCAGGGUGUAAUGCAGUUGUUAAUGGUUUUAAACGACACCAGUUUUCUUUGUAUUUCCAAAUCUCUUGAAAACCAUGUAGUCAGAACCUGCUGUAGCAGUCUGCUGGUCUGACUCUCUGUGCACUAUCCGUUCCUUGUUGUGUAGUAAACCUUUUUUUUAAAUUUCCAGUUUAUUUUGCACUAUGAGAUUUGAGAGCUUCAAGCCUUUUUGUCUGACCUUCAAUAUCUAGUCCAUUAACUCACUCAAUACCAUUUAAGAUUGUGAUUGAAAUACUUCUUUAAAACCUGCAUACAUAGAAUACUCUUCCUCCUGCAUUAUAGUACAGAAUUAUAGUCAAUAUAUUAUAUAUUGGGAUGAAGUUGCCUUAGAUUUGUUUUUGUUUUUUGAGCUGCAACUACUCUCAGGAAAUCUUGAGCAAUGCACUAAGUGAUUAUACACAAUAUAAAAUGGGAAGAAAUGGUUUGGUGCUGUCAGGUGAUUGACACUCUUCAUGUAAGUGUAAGGCCAGUGGUUUCAAAAUAAGAGAUUUUGUAUAAUUUGACGGUUGAAAACCAAAUAAAAUAAACCUGUUAUGAGAUUAAAAAAUAGGGAAAUAAUAGGUAUGAUAGUAAACUCCUGGCCUUACUGGAACCAGUCCUACUGGAAUGGCAGUUUGACAGUUGGUACUGCCUGUGAAGGGUGUUGGUGCUCCCAUUCAGAGCUUUGUGAAUGAAUGAGGGUUAACUGAUGCCAGCUGUGAAGUGUGUGUGUUUCUAUGUGAGCUGUUUGUUUUCUUGGCUUCGGUGAGGGGACAUGGGGUCUGGUCUGUGUAAAGACCCCGCUAUCAGGGAUACAUUUUUGUCUUUCAGUUUUUAGUGGAACUUUUCAGAGAUAUUAAUUAAUUUUCCCAUCAUUUGUUUCAAUAAAUGUACAGAAAAUAAAGAAACAUAUCUCAGCUUGA